AUGCCACUCAUACUACUGUCUGGUUUCCCUUCCUCGGGGAAAACGACCUGGGCCAAUAAACUCGCGGACCAGAUGCGCGAGAGAAUCUCAUCGUUAUCGCCAGGCGAACCAGGCUCGAAUCUCAAAGUCAUCCUCCACAACGACGAAUCCUUGGGGAUCAAACACGAAGAUUACAUUGAGUCCAGACACGAGAAGGCUGCCAGAGGCACCCAGAUUUCUGCCGUGAAACGUGAUCUUUCCAAAAACAACGUGAUCAUACUGGAUUCGAUGGCCUACAUCAAAGGAUUCAGAUACCAGCUGCACUGCGAGUCGAAGGCCUUGUCUACCUCUCAUUGUGUGAUACAUGUGCUCGCACCGACAGAAAUAUGUUUUCAAUGGAAUUCUGCAAGACCGGCCGCCGAGAGAUGGGACGAGGAUUUGCUCAAGUCCUUGAUCAUGAGAUACGAGGAACCGGAUGCCCGCAACAGAUGGGACUCGCCUCUUAUCGGGGUGGCCUACGAUGACCAGAAUCUGCCCUUUGAAGAGAUCUGGGAGUCUGUGGCUCUCAAGAAGGGACUGAGACCCAAUAAUGCCACUGUGCUGAAGCCUGCGUCUUCCAUGUCGUUUCUGCAAGAGUUGGACCAACUGACCUCCAGUGUGGUGAAUAAGGUGGUCCAGCAUCAGCAGCAGCAGAUUGGUGGGCAGGAUGUUCCAAUCGACAAGGAUCUUUAUGUGCAUCUUCCGCAGAUGCAAACCGUUUCAAUUGCACAGCUUCAGAGGAUACGGAGGACUUAUGUGACGUUGAACAGAAUGAGGACGGUUGAUACCACCAGAAUCACACCUCUGUUUGUGGAGUACUUGAAUAAUAGUUUAGAGUCGUCAGAAAGCUGA